AUGAUGCUUCGACCCCAAUGCUCUCUGAGGGCCAUGGCCUUUCUGAUCCUAGGACUCUUCAUGCCUUGGACGGGCGCUCAAGUGCCAUCCCAAACAGCAGGUUCAGAGCCAACGACAUCACCUCUCCCCAUAGUCACCGCCAGACCUGAACCCAGAUCUUGGAAGACCGUCGUAUUGGCCGAGCGAAAGCUCGUCGCCCAGGAUUAUUGCGGCUCGUACGACCGCGAAAAGAAUGGGGGCGAUGCCCAAAGCCCGAUGAGAUGCUCCUCACAACAAUCGUUCUAAGAGAUUCCAGAGACUGUCAAAACUGUCACCUCGCUUUGGGACCCGGUUCGAGAACUCUAUUCAACCUUUCAGAUCGGAGACGUGAUCACCACCACCGACAGCGAUCUCAGCUCUCUUGCUGAAGAGACCCCAAGUACGCCCAGAGCUACCGACGUCGGACAGCUUGGAGCAGAUAAUUCAGAGGAGAGCACUACAACCAACCAUGGCUGGAUGAAGAUAGUCUUCCAAAUCGUUGGCUUCGUGAUGGUGGUUGUCAUCCUCGUCGUUUGGGCUCUAGUCCGCCGAUGGCAGAAGGCUCACCUCGAGAAGAGCCAGCAGCGUACGGCCGGACUGGAUAUAACGCAGAUGCCCAUCAGUUCGGCCCUCUGGUCCCCAGGUAUUCAACGCUGA